AUCUUGGCACUCCUUUAAGACCUUACUCGUGACUAUCACAAUAGCGCUCCAAAGCUGAGGCCCAUCAACGUCGAAAAUUGACAUCUCUCAAAUCUUGUAGGAGCCAAAUACAUUCCGCGCCACAGCAACAAGUACCAGCCUCGGAUUCGUUACCUCGGAUUCGUCUGGCGAAGGCGAAAUUUGGAGAGAACUUUUGUUGCGCUCGUACUCGUAUGAGCAGGGCAGAUCAUAGACACCGCGGCUGCCUCUCCUCUACAACCUUUCGGCAUGGCUGUUCAGCUCACGCAAGCCGAGCAAGAUGCGGUUCUUCGCUCUAGGCUGGCCGUACCGGAAAGGGCCCUUCGAAGCCUGAUGAAGCGCUUGACUUCCGUUGCUGCUCCUCUGCCUUCCAACGAGGGCGCCUCGAGUAGCGUCUCGAUCGAAGAUACGACGAUGGCGGAUGUCAGUGAAGAAGCUGCGACCGAGGAUGUCGAGCUACGAGCCACGCAAUUAAUAGCGCUCAAGACCGAUCUUGCCGCGUACGUUGCCAGUCUGAUCAGAUCAUCGAAGGUUGCGAGGAAUACAUGCACGGCGGAAGUCGAAAGUUACGAGGAAGAGGCGCACCAAAUCCAGGAGGAGCAUGAAGCUGAUACGAAGAGGAUUGAGGAGCUGAAGAGGGAAUUGGAAGAGGCUAGAAGGGAGAGGGGCAACAAGUUGUUGUACGAUCAAGUGGUCGAGCGUAUGGGCAAGAUGGACAGUCGAAAAGGCUAUGCAGAAUCGCUCGCCAGUCUUCGCGCUCAGAUCGUAACGCUGGAGAAGCGCAACGAACGACUGUCCACGCUGUCUAAAUCGUCCAAGGAUCAAUUCGAGAAUAUCGUCUCGCAGAUGAACUCGCUUGGCGAGUCUUUACGAGGCGUCAAGACGAGUGGAGCGUUGGGCUCGGAUGAGGAAGAGAUUGAAUCCGAUUCGGAGAGCAGUGCAGCUUCUGACGCGGGCGAAGGGCCUGAAGAUCCCUCGAGCGGACCGACAAAUUCCAAAGCGGGUGCUGUUUUGGGUAGUAAGAGAAGCUUGAACCCGGCUGCCACUUCAUUCACUCCAGCACGUCCAGCUUCGUCGUCUUCGGCGUCUGGCGAGAGGAAGAGAGCCAAUGCGGAGAGUGGGGAAAGUCGUAGCGCGAGGAGAGCAGGCACUACCUCUGCUGUGGUCGAUGAUGCACGGAAGCGACGAAGAGGUGGGACCUCUACGCCGUUGGCUGCGUCGACCAGAGCAACGAGCGUAGAAGAAGGCGAGGAGGAGGAAGGAGCAGUCUGAGCCUGAAGACUUCAACCAGGAACAUCUCGUCCCUUUGACGCACCAGAUGUUGUAAUAUAGAGCCAUUGAUGAUACGACGCAAGUAUUACAAACACGCCAACGUUGAUAAACAAAGAUUAGAC